AUGUCCAAGGACAAAUAUAACGCUACUGUUGUCCAGCGAUCUGUUAAAAGUGUGCAACAAGCACUAAUUGAAGGUUUACCAGAAAAUGCGCCCGUGUUGCAAAGUGUUUUGCAAUGGCGUCUGGUGAGUGAAGCUGAAUUAGCAGCUUCAGAGUCAGCAGAAGGAACCUUAAAAAGAGAAGGAAGCAGUGAAUGGAUUAUAAAUAGGAGAUCUAUACCUGUGGGAAUCUACCAAGUCAAGUUUACUGCUUCUUUUCAAAUUGGAGAUUCAAGUGCUCCACAGACUAUCCAGGCGUUCAACUUCGGUUUUAUUGAGGUUAUUGCUGCACCUCUACGAGCCAUCAUUGAUGGUGGGAGCAGUGUUCGUUGGGGAUCAGCAGAAACUGUUACAGUGGAUGGUUCACUAAGCUACGACGGAGACAUUGGCCCUGGUAAUCAUGAUGGAGUCGAAUUUACUUGGUACUGUCGUGAGGCAAUUGAAAAUGGUUCAGUGAACAAUGAUUGUUUUGGUGCCUUUGUUGAUAGAGCAAAUGCCCUUGCAGUUAGUAUUGACACCAGUGUACUUGAUAUAGGAAAGACGUAUGUCUUAUGUUUAAAUGUGUCUAAAGAUGUGAGGAGUGCCUUUGCUGAGAUGACUUUUGAGAUAGCAGCCGGCGAGAUACCUCAAGUAAAACUGAGGUAAAUGUGAUAAUGUAAUUGAUCAGGACGCUGUAAACGCCUUGAAUACAACAGUAAGUCAAGCAGCCGAAAUAUUGUCUAAAGAAAGUCUUUGACAUUACAUUUUUAUUUUAAUGGUAUGUGGCCAAUUCAGUUAAUUGGCUUUGAAAUGAAUAAAGAAUUAAAUAGACUAAUUGAAAACAGAUAUAGAAGUAACAAUGAAAAGAGGUAAAAUGUUUUUAAGAGAUGCAAAUCAUCCUUAUCGCUUAGAUUCAUGCUACCUAUGAAAUAAUUGUUUUAACAGGCUGAAAACGAAACGUAACUACGUUUGAUAUCAAAUUUAUUUUGAUUAAAGGUGCUUUGUAGAUUGUGGAACCAUAGUCUCGGCUUCAAACAAGCUUCGAGUGACAUCGGAGUGCUCCAAUGCUCCUUGCGAUGAUUCAGUCUACCAAUGGCGGCUGCAAAAGAAAAAUGAUACAACGAAUACACCGGAAGAUGUUACUAUUUUCCCCAAUAUGACUUCAACAGCAUUAAAUGCGAGUAACAUGAUAUUCAAGAAGGACGUAUUGCCCUCAAACACAAAAUUUACUCUAAAGCUGAUUGUGACUUCGCAAUCAGGGUCACAAGGGUUUGGUGUAUUGGAUUUUGAGACCGCUGGGGCGCCACACAGCGGGCAUUGCACGCCAUCGGUCAGCGAAGGCGUGGCACUUGAAACAGAGUUCAUCUUUGAGUGUUUGAAUUGGGAAGAUAAAAGUAAGCCUUUAAGCUAUGAAUUUCGCGUUGGAGACGAUCCAAUUUCUUAUGGAAACUCUCCAAAGUCUGUUUCAACGGUGUUACCUAGUGGAAAACCAGAAGAUCAACACAGAGUGCAAAUAACGAUUAUUGUUAAAAACUUUGUUGGAGUGGCAGUUACAGAGAAAGUGUUUGUUAAGGUACUAACACAAUUGUUACUUAUAUUUUUAGGCUUGUAACUCUUAAUAUUUCCAUGAUCGAAAACAGAGAGAAUCGGUACAUAUGCGACAACUUAAACCCAUGUUCUUAUUUCCCGAAACUCGGCACAUUCCUUUGAGCGGUAGCUCUGCUCGACAGGCCGAAAUAUGAAGGAAACCAAUAAAGCUUGUUAUGGAAUAGUUUUUGGCUAUGCCGAAAGAACAUAUAGCCGCUACGCACAUUAAAAAAUACAUUGCAAAAAUAGAGUAACAAGAAAAUAUAUGUUAUGCUAAGCAAAGGUGUAGGACACGAACUGCUAAGCCGCGAUAUGAAUAAACUCAUUGCUAAUCCUUUUACAGGUGAAGCCAUCCUCCAAAUUUAACCCCUGCUAUACACCAGUAGACGAAGUAGCCAAUAUGCUAAAUGGCCUUAUCGCGGUGAAGGACUGUAAGUUGGAUGAACUUUUAAGAAAAGGUGAAAUCAGCCAGGCUUCACAGCUUGCAUUAACUGUCUUGAAGACAGCCAAUGAGACGCCAGAUUGUGGAGAAGGCUUAAGCGUAGAAGUAAAAAGUUCGGUAAGUAAAAUAAUGGAAUUAAUAAAGGUUUUUACCUUUUAAGAAGGAUGAAGGAUGACUCUGGGCACUUAUUGCAUGGAUCACGAUGAGGCUUGAGAAAUCUGAGAAUUGAUAAAAUGCGUACAGGGCAUUUUAGUAGCAGAAUAUAUCAUUAGUACAACAAAAAUAUGCCCUUGGAAUGGCUAUUAGUGCUCUGAUCUAAGCAGUAAGAGUCAUCGUGAGCAACACGUCCUCCGAUGUGGACUCUACACGUCCCUUCUAAGGAUGCUGAUAGAAGACUUAAGUAGGAUUUUGCCUUCAUGUUCAAUUAGUAUGACAGGGAUGUUUUACUCCUUUUUUUGCUAAGGAAACUCAUUAAAUUACAGUAGAAACUUUCUCCUUGCGGAAAUAUAAAAAUGCGGUGGAAUCACAUGAAGAUAAGGUCAUGUGCUAUUUUUAGGUGCCUUAUCCAGUUUGACACGUUUUUUUUUACACUACAAACCACGACUGUACCCUUGCUCCUAAUGCAAUGCAAUGCAGGAGGUGAACAUUGUGCCAUUUCUCUGUUUGAUGAGUCAAGAGGGUUAGUUGGGUAGUCAAAAAUAAUGCUUAUAUGCACCGAGUUUGCAAAAUUUAUUGAAGCACUUUUUAGUUUGAUAUUAACGCGUUAUCUCCUUGAUUGUUAACUUCAUGUAACGCCUUUGAACGGUACCAGAUUUCGACCACAUUAGUGGAGAAAUUCACAUCAAUAAACCCAGAGACCCUGCAAAUGUCUCGAACGAUUAUGGCGGUAGUCAAAGUGGCGACUGGAGAACAACGAGAGCAGACAUGCGAUGACUGCAGUGACGUCAUGGUAACCAGCACAUUGCUUAAGUAAUAAGACAUAUAAAAAUUACUAUUUCCUAUUGCUCGGCGGUCCAUAAGAAAAUGGUUUCGUAGACGUUGCGAAUUCAGAUCUUUAAGUAAGUAGGGGACCCGCUCAUCCAGUCCCCAAAGUAAGGGGGCGCGGGCGGUCCCUCAGCCCCCCUUGAUCCGCCAUCGCAUAUUCAUAUUGAAAAUCCAUCGACCUCGCAAUUGUAAAUAAAGUGGAAUUGAACCCCAUUUUGAAGAGGAUAUCUCUUCUGCUCCGAAACGUUUAAACGCCGAUCCUAAAAGUUGGAGACACAAAAAGGUUACAAUUAGAAAUUCUCGCCCAAGUAAAUUAGUCUUGCAUUAAUAUACAUGCUUCGUAGUGCAAUGUAAGUAAAUUGAACUUUUUAAACCAAUCAGAAUCGUACAAAAAAUUGCAUUCUGUGUUGUGGGCUAAUAAACUCGAAAAUCAAUUACUGUUUCUUAGACAUUAUACCCAUAGUUUGAGGUAUAUUAUUUAUUCCUGGACGCAUUUGCAAAGAAUAUUUUGUUAUAAAUAGAAAACAGUGAACACUUUCAUAAAUUAAAAGUUUAUCGCUGCAGAAGUGUAUUCAUAGAUCCCGCAUCCAAUCAGUUUAAUCUAAUCCUUUUUAAAAUCUUAGUUUUCCUUCUUUGUCUUUCUGAACCAACAACGUGGCAAAAUCGUGUUUCGUUGAACUAAUAAAUAUUUAUUAUUUCAGAAUAAAGCAACAGAAGUGACAGUGAAAACAACCGGCCUGCUUUUGUCGGUUCUAAAUGACCUCGAGCAGCCUUUCAGUGCUGAGUUAGAUGAAGCAGCAACGAGUGUCACUAGCUGCCUUAACAAUGUACUACAAUCUGCAUCCAGCCGAUCGAACGGAGCAGCAGCGGAAGCUAAGGCACGUGAUAAGGUU